AUGCUUCGUGACGUUUAUGUGAACGUUGGAGCAGUGUGGGGAUAUGAUCCUGUGUUUGUACAAAGGCUAGUUCCCACACUGCUUUGCUGUUUUUCCCAAUUGGAGAUUCUCACCUUGAACAUUUAUGAUAAGAAGGUGGUUCUUACGACUCUCAAUUUCCCUGUGAUGCCUAAACUUAGGAAGUUGGUCAUCAAGAAACUGUUAUAUGGAGUGGACUGGAGUGUUCUAGAACUAGCUCAAUUUAUCAAGGCAUCUCCCAACUUGCAAGAAUUUGUGUUAAAGCAAGAAUGGUUUGCUGUUAAAAGGUCAAAUAGAGAAAUUCAGAAGGGAGUUAAGCAGUUUCCACAACACCAGCACUUGAAUGUUUUUCGGUUUUUGGGUUAUUAUGGUUGCCCGAGUGAUCUUGAAUUAGUCAACUACUUGAUGGAGAAUUGUGUCGCGCUUAAGGAGAUCAUUGUUGAUACCCAACCUCCGGACCCUCUUCCCUAUGAGCCAGUUGAUCAUGAAAAAUUAAAAUUGGCCGAAGAAGCAAAGAUUUACGCUAAACAGCAGCUGGAGCCGCUGCCGGUCAACGCUCGGCUGGUGGAGAAUGCCGGAGUCGGAGUCGAGGUGCUCCGGGAGGCCGAUGGCAGGCUGCGCGGGGAGGUGCUGGCGGCGGCAGUCCGGCGGGUUGUGGUGGAGGAGGGAGGAGAGGAAGUGAGGCGGGCUGCGGCGGCCAUGCGGGCUGGGCUCGCCGAGAAUAAGGAUGAGGAGAUUCAUGAGGUGGUUAGGGAGCUAACUGGCCUUCUUGUGGGCAAGAACUAG